CCUUCACUUCCGUACCGGUCAAUUUGACCGAUGGCGCAAAAAAUGAGGCAUGCGUGUUUUUCACACAUCGCUGUUGAGCUUAAUGUACAAAGAAUAUUAUAAUGUUUAGUAUCAAUGUUUAGGGAAUUUUAUGUACUUUCUUUCUGUAUAAAAAUCACUAUUGAAUUUUUUACUUGAAAUAAGUAUAUCCAUUUUUUACGUUAGCAUAUAGUUUUGAAAAAUGACGUUUUUUUGAUAUGCGACAUUGAUUUUUUGUACGAUGGGUGAAAUUUUUAAUUCAGCGUAAAAUAAAUUUUGUCAAAUACUGUCUAAAAGAUAAGGUCCCAAGCUUCUAGAGUAUGUAAAUAUAUUUUAAAUUCUUACCUUUUUGUGGUGAAAAUUUAUAAAAUUUGAUCAAUUUUCCGUUUUUCAAAGGAAAUUCUAACCAAGUUUAAAUAAAACAAGUUUUUACUCAUAUUUCUGUAUGGAAAUAGGCAAAACUAAACCUAGAUGGUAAGAGUACAGAACAUUUCCUAUUCAUUAAUUUUUAUUUCAUCAAAAUCGGAUAAGUAUUCGCCUAUCUACAAUAGUUUAAGUUUCACCAUUCUCCGAAGUAAAGUUGUUAAUUUUAACGCAAAAGUGAUACAACGUUAUGUGAAACAUUUGUGUUGCGACACGAUUUAUCACACUAAUCUACAUGGUAUAGACGUUGCUCUAAAAAUAUUAUAGAAGUCUAGUAUAAUUUAAAACAGUACUUAUUUCUUUCUUUAUCUCUUUCUUUCUUUAUUUAUUUGCUUUUUUUAUCCUGGCAAUGAUUUAUUUCAACGCAGAUAGAAAAGUUUCGUAAACAUAUUACCAGCAUAAAAUACUGUACACACGUAACCUUUACAUAACCAGGUAUAUUUAUGUACAUGUAGGCGUAAAUAAAUGAUUAUUCAAAAAUAUAACCUUCAUCAAACACUGUGGAAGAAUAUUGUUAAUUAUUUAGAUGCUGCUCCGGAAGACAUGAAAUAUUUAUUAUCUUUUUUUCCGGAACAUUAAUUCCGCAUAUGUCAUCCUCGUACCCGCAUCACUUGUGAUGCAUGGACACCACGUGUUUCCGUUUCUACUGAAAACAACACAGCAAACGCUCGGAAGAAUUUAUCUUUACUUUAGGCCUAAACUGCAGUCUUUUGCUUGACUAUGGAAAACGACCUGAUAUCGUCAGAUGAAGAGGAUGCCCUGGAUCUCUUGUUACAGGAUGCGCUUGAUGAUGAUCCAAGCGAUCCUGCCUUCAAUAUUGAUGACAUGGAAUUGGUAUCCCAGUCUUCUGUGGGGAGUUCUCAGAUUUCUUCUGCCAGUGAUGAUCCCCUCGCAAAUCCAGAUAUGCACUGGAGAGAUGCCAAUGUAGAGGACACAGGGGCACCAGAUCCAAGAACUGUAGCAUUUCAUCCAGAGAGGCAGCCUGGCAUUCAGUUGGGACGACUUUUAAGAUAUGGCGCUAUGCAGUUUCGAGAACCAAUUGAUUUCUUAAAACUCUUUCUGACGGAGGCGUUGGUCUUCUCAAUCUGUGUUGCCACCAAUGAAUAUGCCAAUAUGUUGAUAUCUAGAGGGGAAAUGUCAUCGUAUGCAAGUCAAGGGAAUUGGACUCCUCUCACUGAAGAGGAAUUGUACAGAUUUCUCGGAAUUAUUCUCUACAUGUCCGUGGUAAAGUUCCAGACGCUAGAAAGGUAUUGGUCAACACAGGCUCUCUAUCGGAACAACCCUGUACCAGGAGUUAUGUCCAGAACUAGAUUUCAGGCCAUCUUAUCUUUCUUACAAGUUACACCUCCAGCUGAUAUUGACAAAGCUGAGAAGUUGACAUGCGUACAGUCAUUGGUGGAUCAUGUCAAAGAGAAGUGCAAGGAAUUAUACCAGCCGCACAGGGAAAUAGCUGUAGAUGAGAGAAUGGUUUCCUCAAAACAUAAGUUCUCUGGUAUUCGCCAGUUUAUUAAAGACAAGCCUAUUCGAUUUGGUAUAAAGCUUUGGGUUGUAGCUUGUAACAUGUCUGGGUACACAUACGACUUUUUUGUUUAUCUUGGUAAAAAGAACACCAUAUUUACUGAUCGUGCAAAAGGUCUUGGAUACAAUGUAACACUUAGAUUAUGUGAGUCCCUUUUUGAUCAAGGGUAUAGGCUUUUUACUGAUUGUUUUUAUACAUCUUUAGCUCUUGGCAAAGAAUUGUUUGCAAGGAAAAUUUUUCUUGGGGGGGUACUGAAAUCAAACAGUUUAUCUAUACCUGAUGAACUUAGAGAUGUUAAAAUUUGGGAAAGAGUAGCAACACGUGGUGACUUUAGAUGGCACAGAGUUGAUGAAUUUGUAUUUGUUCAGUGGAAAGAUUGUAAGGUUGUCACUUUUAUGUCACCUUUACAUCAGGGUUCGGCUACAACUGUUUGUGAACGCACUAUGAAAUCUAGAUUAACCUGGAACAAAAAACAACUUGUACAACCUGUAGUAGCAAAUGAUUAUAAUAAAUGUAUGGGAGCUGUUGAUCUUUCAAACCAGUUUACUAAUAAAUAUCCAUCUUAUAUAAGAACACAAUAUCAUUGGUGGAAAGUUUUGUUUUUUCAUUUACUAGAUAUCAUGGUUGUGAAUUCAUAUAUUCUUUUUCAAGAAUUUAGAAAAUCGCAUGAAAGUCAGAUUACAAAUUGUUCUUCAGGGUUUGGACAACUUGAAUUCCGUGAAUCACUUGCUUUGUCACUGAUGGGUUUGAAUGAAAAGUCUGUAUCAAAAGAAAGUGUUAUUCAAUGUAUGCCUGAAUUUUUAGAUAAGAGGAAAGAUUGUAUAUUUUGUAAUGCUGAGGCAAUACUUUUAAAGAAGAAGUCUCCUAGUUAUAAGACACUUGUAUUUUGUCCAUCAUGCCAAGUUCCUCUUUGUUUAUCAAGUGACAGAAAUUGUUUUAAGAAAUGGCAUAGUAAAGAAGGAGAAGAUGUUCGAAAGAGUGCAGAUUUGUCAUGUAAAAAGAGAAAGCUAUGAAAAUAUCCUGUACAUGUAUUCUUUAAAGGACAUACCAUAUUUCUGUCCAGUGAAUUCAAAUAUAUGUACAUAAUAUUUAUAAAUGUAACUGCUGUGAGACAUGUUGAUGAUGCCAUGGCAGAAAAGUUUCUCAACAAUUAUGUUCAACUUCUUGAUUAUCAAUUAUAUAAAAUGUACAUUUAGGUGUAAUUUCCAUACAUUUGUUGACAUGCAAGUAAUUAGUGCUAUUUGUCAAAAUUUGUAUUAAAUUUUUAUCAAAUUUGGAGAUUUUUGUAAAAUGAAUAUGAAAUUCAUAAUUCACAACCACAUUUCAUUUUAAUAACUUUCUAGACAAUUAGUUUGAAUUGUUUUUAAUGGAAGAAAUGAACUAUUACAGUGUCACAUGGAUAGUACCUAAGUAUUUUUGUAUAUUUUCCUUGGCAUUGUUGCUUGUGAAGCCAAAUAUAUUUACUAAAAUAAAAAAUUGAAUUAAAUAAAAUAAGCAGUAGUGUUAAAGGCCUCUAUAUCAUUGCUGUAUUUAUUAUUUAUUUUCUCAAAGUGGAAGGAAAAGUUAGAAAAAAAGAACAAAAUUCUGAAGCACAGUUUUUGCACUUGAUGACCUUUGACCUUUAUUGUCUCAAAAAUAUUCAUGAUUGUUAUUGCUUUUAAUGCUUUAAACCUUAAAAAUGUGUAUGGGGAAUAUCUUUUUGAUUUAAUUGGUAAUUAUAUGCUAAUUAUUAUGUUUUGUAAUUAUAUUGAUAUUGUACUGGAUGGAAGCAGAAAUGUGAAAUUAAGUUAAAAUUGCAUUAUGGGUAUUGUUACUUGGCAAUCAGAAAUAUUCAUUUAUCAAUUAAAUUGAUUAUUAUGAUAA